AUGGGAUACCAAAUCGAUGGCGUGGCGAUUGUCACCGGUGCAGGCAAUGGAAUCGGCAAAGCAUGCGCACUCGCAUACGCCGCUGAAGGCGCCCGAGGAAUCGUCAUAGCUGAUCUGAACUACAAUGCUGCACUCGAGACCGCGCGCGAAUGCGAUUCACGAGCCACGAACUCGCGCUAUAUAUCACUAGCCAUUGCAGUUGAUGUGACCGAUACAGAAAGCGUCGAGAGCAUGGUGCACACUGCGGUAGAGACUUUUGGCCGCAUCGACUAUAGCGUCCACAGCGCCGGCAUCGGCAUCCAGCAACACCGCCCCGUUGACGAGGUGAGCCUGGACGAAAUGAACCGCUUUUGGCAGGUGAAUGUGGUGGGCACAUUCAACUGUGUCCGCGCAGUGACGAAGGUCAUGAGAGGCCAAACCCUCGCAACCACGAUGGAAAGGGGCCGGGAGCGCGAGGUGGGAAGGGGCGUUAUCCUCAACGUGGGCUCCUGCAACUCGUACAUCCCCGUCCCUGGGAUCCUGCCUUACACCACUGCCAAGCAUGCAGUGUUGGGUCUAACGAGAAAUGCUGCGCUGGACAGCGCACCGUAUAAAAUCCGCAUCAAUGCAAUUUGCCCUGGCUGGGUGGACACGCCGAUGCUCAGCGCCGCCGGCGGUCUCCCCGGAAAGCACGCUGAACAAUAUUCCGAUGUCCAGGUGGAUGGUGGCACAACACUGCAGCUGCAGACUUGA